AUGGACACGCUGGAAGCGGCGCGCACGACAGUGAUCGGGAGCACGAACCCGAGUAGCCUGGACGGCACCAAGAGCUCGUGGAAGCUUAGUAAGAGUGAUGCGGUGGACGAUAAUGGCGAGUGGUUGAAGUACCGCCAGCCGGCGACUGAUUUGUAUGGACAUUUGUAUUGGGCGUCUGGCACGGACAGCACGGACGACCCGAAGGCCGAGCCGGGCGGUGACUCUGGAACUUGCAACGGAGAGCGCAAGUGCUCUGCAAUCUGCGUUGGAGAACGCAUACGGACGUUGGGACGAGUGCUAGUGAGCGCCUGGACUGACCUUGACGGAACGAUAGUGUGUCCGAGACACACGAACUGGACGAACUGGACGGUAGCCGCUGAAGCUUGCGACGGCGAGCGCUGGUGA